GCCGCGCGGAGUGAGGAGAGCAGGCCGAGCCUGAGGAGACCAGGCCGGAGUCGGCGGCGGCCCCCGCCCCAAGAGGCCGCCGACCCGCGGCGGGACAAAGAGGGGCCUCCUCCUCCUCCGCCUCCUCCCUCAGAGGCCGGCCGAGAGAGGUCCGAAGAAGAGUGGACGGAAGCCAUGCCUGCCGCCGGGGGAUCACCUCGCUAGGACCUUGCUCUCGUUGCUUCCUCGGUAUCGCAAAAGCCAGAAGCAGGGAAGGCAGAGGCGGCUGCACACCAUUCCUGUUCCCCCUCGUGGAGGGGGGGCAGGGGGGAGGAAGUGGAGGCUGCAUUAACGGACAAUGGAUCCUCUGGCCCGCUCGAGUGGGGAUAUUAUGCGGCGGAAUCCACAGCAAGACUACGAGCUGGUCCAGCGCGUGGGGAGCGGCACGUACGGAGAUGUCUACAAGGCCAGAAAUGUGCACAGCGGAGAGUUGGCUGCAGUAAAAAUUAUCAAGUUAGAACCAGGGGAUGACUUUUCGUUGAUACAGCAAGAGAUCUACAUGGUUAAGGAAUGCAAGCAUCCUAACAUCGUAGCUUACUUUGGGAGCUAUCUCAGCCGUGAGAAGCUGUGGAUUUGUAUGGAGUACUGCGGAGGAGGAUCCCUUCAAGAUAUUUAUCAUGUGACGGGGCCGCUGACGGAGUUUCAGAUUGCAUUUGUUUGCAGAGAGACGUUGAAGGGGCUCGAUUAUUUACACAAGAAAGGCAAAAUGCACCGGGAUAUUAAGGGUGCAAAUAUUCUGCUGACAGACCAUGGGGACAUCAAGCUGGCUGACUUUGGCGUCGCGGCGAAAAUAACGGCCACCAUCGCAAAGAGGAAGUCGUUCAUCGGCACUCCUUACUGGAUGGCUCCGGAAGUUGCAGCUGUAGAAAAGAACGGCGGCUACAACCAGCUGUGCGACAUCUGGGCGGUGGGCAUCACGGCCAUCGAGCUUGGAGAGCUGCAGCCGCCCAUGUUUGAUCUUCAUCCAAUGAGAGCCUUGUUCCUAAUGUCCAAAAGCAACUUUCAGCCUCCAAAGCUAAAGGAAAAAACAAAAUGGUCACCGACAUUUCACAGUUUUGUGAAAGUAGCACUUACAAAAAACCCAAAGAAGAGGCCCGCGGCUGAUAAACUUCUUACUCAUACCUUUGUUGGGCAGCCCGGUCUCUCUCGGUCGCUGGCCGUCGAACUGUUGGACAAAGUGAACAAUCCCGACAACCACCCUCAUUACGCCGAGGCGGAUGAUGACGAUUUUGAGCCGCACCCAGUUAUUCGCCACACCAUUCGCUCUACCAACCGGAAUGUCAGAGCAGAGAGGACGGCGUCUGAAAUCAAUUUUGACAAGCUGCAGUUUGAACCGCCUCUAAGGAAAGAAACAGAAGCGCGAGAUGAAGUGGUGGUGGCAGGUGGCGCACACUUCGCUUCGCACUGGAAUCCUUUUGUUGAUGGCGGAAGCUGCGCCAAAUCAACACUGAAAAGGGGAGGACCCCCUCCGCUACCUCCAAAGCCCAGGCUCAGUAUCUACCAAGAGGAAGGCCUCAUCGAUGAUGAGAAGUCCCAGACGAUCAAGUAUUGCCCCGACUCUCACGGCCAAGCCCCACCGUCUCACCGGAGACAGAGCAUCCCAGUGUGCGGGCCUCAGACAGAACCUUCCCCAAUUGGGAUGACCAGCAGCGUCAGCAGUCCUGGUUUGCUCACCGCCGGCUACAGCGACUUGGGCAACGGGGACACUGUGCCAAAGCUCGCGGAGGAGAACGCUGACGGCUUGGGCUACGUGCCACAGCUGCCACGGAAAAAGGACAAGCGGGAAUAUCUGAAGCCUGCAAUCAAUGGCCUCCCACCGACUCCAAAGGUGCUGAUGGGAGCCUGCUUCUCCAAAGUGUUUGACGGCUGCCCUUUGAAGAUCAACUGCGCCACAUCCUGGAUACACCCGGACACAAAAGAUCAGUAUAUCAUCUUUGGCACGGAAGAAGGCAUCUACACUCUGAACCUCAACGAGCUCCACGAAGCCACCAUGGAACAGCUGUUUCCGCGGAGAUGCACCUGGCUCUACGUGAUCAACAAUACCUUAAUGUCGCUCUCAGAAGGGAGAACAUUCCAGCUCUACUCUCAUAACCUAAUAGCUUUGUUUGAACAAGCCAAAAAAACAGGCCUUGCUGCUCAUAUUCAGACCCAUCGGUUCCCCGACAGAAUAUUGCCCAGGAAAUUUGCCUUAACGACAAAGAUCCCGGAUACAAAAGGGUGCCAUAAAUGCUGUAUAGUGAGAAAUCCCUAUACAGGCCACAAAUACCUCUGUGGAGCGUUGCAGCUGGGGAUCGUUUUGCUUCAGUGGUAUGAACCGAUGCAGAAGUUCAUGUUAAUAAAGCACUUUGAUUUCCCGCUGCACCCCCUGAACGUCUUCGAAAUGCUGGUGAUCCCAGAGCAGGAGUACCCCAUGGUGUGCGUGGCGAUCAGCAAGGGAGUCGAACCAAACCAGGUCGUCCAGUUUGAGACAAUUAACCUGAACUCUGCUUCUUCGUGGUUUACAGAAACUGGUGCAGGUUGCCAACAGCUCGAUGCCAUCCACGUCACCCAGCUGGAGAGGGACACAGUUCUUGUCUGCUUGGACAGAUUUGUGAAAAUUGUGAAUCUGCAUGGGAAACUGAAGUCGAGCAAGAAGCUGGCCUCCGAACUAAGCUUUGAUUUCUGCAUUGAAUCUGUAGUGUGCCUUCAAGACAGUGUUCUGGCCUUCUGGAAGCACGGGAUGCAAGGGAAAAGCUUUAAGUCUGACGAAGUAACCCAGGAGAUCUCAGACGAAACUCGGGUGUUCCGCUUGCUGGGCUCCGACAGGGUGGUGGUGCUGGAGAGCAGGCCGACCGACAACCCAACGGCCCACAGCAAUCUCUACAUUUUGGCCGGCCACGAAAACAGUUACUAGGCAACCGAAACCCGACUCGGAACCGCCAGCCAAGGAAUACGUCACAUAAGGAAGCAGCCCUCAAGGAAAUGCUAUCCAAGCCGGACUCUCCCUCCCUCCCUCCCUCUUGCUCUUUCUCUCUCUCUCUCUGUUUCUCCCUCCCCCUCCCUUUGCUCUACUGUGUCAAAAUCCAAACGGACCCAUUUUUUUAGGAACGAGAGCCAAACGUCGCCUGGGCGUCCUGCAGCUGGGAAGCAGCUGAUCUGUCACUUGCCACUGUGUGGUUGGUUAUGUUGAGUUUGCUUAAUAAAAGCUACAAGGUUAAUAAGCCGCUCUGGUUCGUUAGGCCCAGGCGCUUUUUUGGGGGGGGGAGAUCCCAAAUGCGUUCACAGUGCCAUGCGGUUCUCGACGCAGACUUCUUUUGUCUUCCGGUUAAAAUACCAAGGCUGCCGCUGCCUUCCAAUCUUGUGGCAACGCCAACUUUUGAAUGCUGGUGGCCGAGAUCGAAAUCAGGAACAUUGAGGCUGGCAGGGAAGGCGGGUGCACUUUGGGGACACCCCCCCCCCAUGGGGAAGACUUCCUCCGCAAAGGAAUAUUGUCCAAAUGAUCCGCUUUCAAGAGGUCAUCAGCAUUCCCGGGAUACCGUGGGUUUUCUGUUUUUUUAACGCAACUGUUCUCUGUGGGUUUGUAAAAUAGACUAUUUAAUCCUUAUUUAUUAAUCUGCUGCUAGGGUCGUGUGAUGUAUCCUAACUUCUAGCACAUGAAGGUUGCAGAGCAGCUUUUGGGGGGGUUGAGGGAGGGGGGGUCCUUCCCCCCCUUCUUUAUACAAUUGUACAAAGAACCUGGUAUUCAUUUCACCCUUUUUGCCUCUUAGAUGAAGCCCGUCGUCUGAGGGAGGUGUUUAUAUAUAGAUAAAUAUAUAUAUAGGGGGACGCAGGGUGGGAGGAAAGACCUUUUGGCUAUUCUUGCAGAAAUGCUGUUUUGUACAAGAGUCUUUUGUAGGGGUUUUUGCUCGUGGGAUUUGUCGCCAGAGGGAGCGUGUGGCAGAAAUGCAAAGCCGUAUCUCCGUGAGGAAUCAAGGAUCCCUAGAUUGGCUGGAAAGAUAGACUGUGUGUGAGGGGGAGCGCACAGGUGUGUCAUCAUCAGGAGCUCCUGAGAAUGUACGGAGAAAAAGAGAUGAAAGGAAAGCUCAUCCAGGUCUUGUGGAUCCCUGGAUCCCCACCCAAUGCAGUCCAGGCAAGGUGGAGGUCUUGGUUCAGGCCGGGUGAGACAGAGGUGGUAAGGCCGAUUCCAGAGGCUCCCUGGUCCUUGCAGCUGGGUCCCUGGUGCGAAUCAUCCCUUUCCCUGGAAACAUCCCCCUUUCUGUCACGGCCGAUGCCAAACUGGGAGCGCAGGAAGCCACCGACUAGAUGAGCCUUUCUAAAACUGCUUUCAGGGGAGAGCUUUUUUUAACGCUUCACGGACACAUAUUUUAUUUAUACUGUGCCAGAGGAGAAAAUGCCGUGCCUGGAAGAAAGGAACUAGAUUCCCCCCGGACUGGGCGAGUUUCGAAAGGGUCUGUUUUUUUUAAAAAAAAAUCCCGGCGUUAUAGUAUAAAUAUAUGUAUAAGACGCAGUAUUGUCUAAUAAAUCUUGGGGAAUAUCCUUUGUCCCAUUAUCCCUUUCUCGAGGCUGUCAUCCAUGUUUCUCCUCCCCGCCCCCCUUUCAUCCAUUAAAGUAUCCUUUUCGCUCCUGA